AUGGCGUUAGAACUAGGUCCAGAACAUCCUAGGAACCUGAUACCAGAGCUGUGCCAGCAAUUCUAUCAUCUGGGAUGGGUGACAGGAACAGGAGGUGGCAUUUCCAUAAAAGACGGUAAAAAAAUCUACAUUGCUCCCUCCGGAGUUCAAAAAGAGCGGAUGAAACCGGACGACUUAUUCGUUCAGACAAUUGAUGAUGAGGACUUGGAACUGCCUCCACCAGAGAAAAAGCUUAAGAAAAGCCAGUGCACCCCUCUGUUCAUGCUGGCUUAUCGCGAGCGAAACGCCGGCGCGGUAAUUCACACGCACUCACCGCACGCAGUACGCUGCACGCUACUCUACGACAAGGAGUUCGUCAUCACCCACCAGGAGAUGAUCAAGGGCGUGAAAGAUGCCCAUCUAGGCCGCUACAUGCGAUACGACGAGAGACUCGUCGUGCCGAUUAUAGAGAACACACCGUUCGAGAGGGAUCUGGCGGGCAGUUUGGGCGAGGCCGUUCGCAACUAUCCAGGCACUAGCGCCGUCCUAGUGCGUAGGCACGGUGUUUACGUGUGGGGCGAAACCUGGCAGCAGGCGAAGACCAUGACGGAAUGCUACGAUUACUUAUUCGAGAUGGCGGUGGAAAUGAAGAAACUAGGCCUAGACCCUGCGCAGAAUCCGGAAAUAAGUGAAAAUGGCAAA